AUGGCUCCUUACUAUCUGACAUGGACGCAGAUGCGGCAGCCAAUGGGCCUCUUCUCUAAUGCCUCAUCAUUCUCGCCUCCAUUAAAACCGGAGAUGGAAGCCAUGAGUUCAAGAGCAGAUACCAGAUGGCCAUGGAUGGAGUCCCGACAGCAGGCAGCAGAGGAUCUACAAAGAGUCAAUAGCACAGUGCGAUCUAUCGAGGCCCGAUGCGACGUCUCCUAUAUCUCCGCCCAAACCAUCAAACAAUGGCUGGAGAACCAAGAGAAAGAGGCGUCCAGCGAGUUGAGACUACAGUUGCUGAACGUCGGCAAAGCGCUCAGCCUAAUCAACGAGUCAAUGAAAGAUCUGGAGGCGACCUUACAUAAGGUUACGGAGAAGAAUACUGCCAUUGGUCCUAUAACUGGCUACAACUGGACUUCCAACGGCUCAUUGGGGGAUAGCUGGCUGAAGGCAAAAUUCGUAUUCAAUGUGGAUGCUCUCAAGGGGCAUCUGGCAGAGUUGCGUGAGCACGGCGGUUUGCUACAAUUUACCCUGACCACGCUUCAAGUGUACGCAAGCGAUGUCCUCAGAGAUGAGUUGAAAAGCCGACAGGACCCAAGAUGCACGCCGUCGGCUCCUGGAAGAUCAGCCGCGUCGUUCCGGCACGUUGCCGCUCGAGCAUUCGCGAUCCGACAAGCAUAUACCAUACGGCGAAAGCCGCAGGAAGAGCAGGGGAGCCAUUUAGCAAAAGUGACGACGACGAAUGUGCCUCCCGCCUCCCAAGACCAAUCGUCCGCUAUACCGUCCGCCUACGAAGAAUUUCUUGCUAUCCAUGACACAAACAAAAAGACCGAUCUACCACGAAGAAAUGGCACAUUACCGUCUCCCGCGAAUGGACUCAAGAUUGCCCAUGCCCAGAAAGCAGACACGUCUACUACACAAAAUGCCAGCUUACUGGUCAGUGGGCAGCUACAAGAGACGAGCCAUCCAGUGUCACAAAGCGUUCCGAAUGUGCUCCCUCAUGAAACAUUUGGCGCUACUCCCACUCCUUUACCUCGAGAUGCUUGGGGUGUACCAAAGUUAUCAGCGGAAUCAUUUCGGGAAGAGACAGGCUCUGCGCGAUCGCUGCCAGAAUUGCCUCCACAACAACUGAUGGACGAUGUUUGGCAAUCAAAGGAGUCGACGAACAACGACAGCGAGCUACCACCUCGGCUGUCAAAUGACGUGAUAUGUGCGACUGUAUCGCAAAAUGAGGACGGGAGUCGCAAUCAUACUGAUCAGGAGGCAAUCAGACCUUCCGUCACCGCCGUAGAGACAGCUCCACCUAGCGCAUAUAGUCCAAGCGUUCCAAAUGCCGGAGUCUUAUUAAUGCAUCAUUCGCAAUCCAAGGCUGGCCUUCGUCUCACCGAUAACAUGAGCAGGGUAUCUCUCCUGACAGCAAAUACAGCAGACUCUGCUCCAAACAGUCGGGAUCCAAGCUUAUUCAGUAAAGGUUCAUCUGUGUGGACCGCGGACUCUGCAUUCACACCAUCGUCAACUCACUCUGACGCUCGCGGUACCACAUUUCCAGCACCUCCGCUUUCUUCCGUGUAUCCUAUACGGAGGAAACCGCUCGGAUCCUCAAAGUCUCAUGAUAGUCUUCUGCCCUCAACGAACGCAUUUUUACAGAUAGACUCGUAUCAUGAGCACGCUACGGCGGCUUCAGUGACACGAGGAACAAUGACGCAGUCUCCGACACCUCUAGAGAGCGUCGAGGUAGUUGGCGGGCCUUUUCAAGACACCCAACCCGGGCCAGAUGGUUCCCCGCUGCUGGUACGAGCUGCAAGUGAUGGUCUGGGGGAAAUUGUGGAGAAGCUGCUCGCCAAUGGAGCCCACAUUGAAGCUGUCCACAGUGAGACAAAACGUAAUGCUUUGAUCGAAGCUUCGGUACAGGGGCACCACAACAUUGUCGAUUUGCUUCUGGACCAUCGUCGUUCGCAUCAGCAUCUAGACUCGCAGCAUAUGAGUGUGCUACAUCACGCUGCCAAAACGGACAUCUCCUUGUUGCAAAGGCCCUUCUAG